CGUAGUUCUUUAUCUAAACAAAAUCUUAUUAUUAACUGAAUGCCAACUUGUUGCAAAUAGCAAUUGAAUUGAUUAUUGAAAGUAGACUGAAUAGCUCCAGAGCGAUCUAUAUUAGUUGAACAAAUAUAUCUUGCAAUCUAAAACAACUUCUACUUAUAGCAUUUACAAAACAAAAUAGCACAUGGUUGUGGAUGUGAAUAUUGACCUGUAUGCAAUAAUUCAUAUUAAAAAAAAUGGCUUUUUUCGUGAAUAAUAAAAAUGUUGGUUGCCCAAUUUUUGUGAAAUCUGAUGAAAUUUUAGUUCCAAAUCCCAUCUUUUCUGAAAAUGGAUCCAGUUCUGUCUUCGAUAAAAUCAAAUGCGAAUUCCGUGUUGAAGAAACUUCAGCAGAGAAAGCUAAAUUCAACCUGAAAAAUAAAGAUUCUAAACUUAAACAGAACAGUAUAACCUCUGCGUCUUUAUCUAAUUGUGGUAAAUAUAUUUGUGCUUGUGAUUCUAAUAAUUGCUUACAUCUAUGGGAACACGAAGAAAGUAAUUGGAAAAUUUUAAGUGUCCGCCCUUUAACUCGUAAAUGUCAAAAAGCGAUUUUUACCAAUUCUUCUGCAAAUAUUAUUCUCUGUGAUCGAGGAGGAGAUGUAUUUGAUUAUUCAGUUUCAAAAUGCGAGGAAUCUGGAAAUUUAAUUCUUGGACAUAUAAGUUUGAUACUUGAUAUUUCAAUAUCUAAUGAUGAUAAGUACUUAGCUACAUGUGAUAGAGAUGGAAAAAUCAGAAUAUCCUGUUAUCCUAAUAGUUAUAAUAUUCUGAGCUAUUGCCUGGGUCAUCAGGAAUUUGUGUCAUCGAUUCAGUUUAUACAAUUAGCUGAAGAAAUACUUUUAUCAGGUUCAGGCGAUGGUUCAAUAAGGUUAUGGAAGUACAAAAAUAAUGGUUUGCAAUUUAAGUGUGUUUCUUUACAAGAAAAUGAUAUCCUUUGUAAAGCUUGUAAUGUUCAGAAUGAGGCAGAAAUUAAAGCUAAGCUUAAUCAUGAAGUUUCUGAAAAAUUAGUUUUGAGUGAUAAGCAAGUGUUAUUUUCUGUUCGCUGUGUAAAGUAUUCUCAGGAACAUCAGUUGUUGGCUGUCAUUUUUCAUUUGCAACCAAUCAUAGCCAUUUAUAAAAUACUAAAUGAUUCUGAUGACAGUUUGAAUUUUCAACAGUUUAUUUCUCUUGAUGCUCCUCCAGUAGAUGCAGUUUUCAUGAAUAAUGGACAGUUGUUAAUUUUGAUAAAAAGUACAAGUGUGUCAGUAAAAUGUUUUGAUUAUGAAGUGGAAAAUCAAAAAUUUAUUCCCAUUGCUGAUAAUGAUUCUGUUGCAGUUUUAAAAGCUGUUCAAGAUUUUUAUAAUGAUUUUGAAAAUAUUCAUUUUCAAGAUGAUUUUGUAUCCUUAUUUAAAAGAGUAUAUGAAAAUAAUAAUGAAGAUGAAGAUUGUAAUGAUGUACAGAAAAAGAAGAAUAAAACAGAGUAA